UAACUAAACAAACUACCAUCUUCAUUAUCAUCACUUUCACAGAGCUCCAAUGGCUACUUUAAGUCUCAACAAUCCCGCAAGAACGAAGAGCACAACUCUCAACUCUCACAAACCCAUCUCUAAGAUCACUUCCUUCACAAAACCAACGAAAGUCCUUUUCAAUUUCUCGGCGAAAGCCCCGCCAAAACUUCACCAUUUUCGACCAAACUCAUCAGUGUCAGAGAGCUCAGUUUCAGUGCCAAAAGAAGCUGAAGUUGAAAGUGACGAUUUUGAAGACGACCCAACUCAGGAACUGUGCUAUCUUGAUCCAGAAACUGAUCCUGAGAGCAUCACAGAAUGGGAGCUGGACUUUUGUUCCAGGCCAAUUCUCGAUAUCAGAGGAAAAAAAUUAUGGGAGCUUGUUGUGUGUGAUGAUUCACUUUCACUUCAAUAUACAAAGUACUUUCCUAAUAAUUUGAUUAAUAGUAUCACUUUAAAGGAGGCUAUUGAGACCAUAAGUGAGGAGCUUGGAGUUCCUAUACCUGAGAAAAUCCGCUUCUUCAGGUCACAGAUGCAAACUAUAAUAACAAAAGCAUGUAAAGAGCUUAGUAUUAAACCAAUUGCAAGUAAAAGGUGUAUAUCACUACUUUUAUGGUUGGAUGAACGCUAUGAGACAGUAUAUACAAAACAUCCUGGUUUUCAGAAAGGGUCUAAGCCACUUUUGGCAUUGGACAAUCCUUUCCCAAUGGAACUUCCUGAGAACUUAGUUGGAGAGAAAUGGGCAUUUGUUCAGUUGCCUUUUUCAGCUGUCCGGGAGGAGGUCUCAUCCUUAGAAACAAAAUUCGUGUUUGGCGCAAGUCUAGAUUUGGAUUUACUGGGGAUUGAAGUUGAUGAGAAAACUUUGAUUCCAGGACUUGCUGUUGCAACUUCACGUGCAAAGCCAUUAGCAGCUUGGAUGAAUGGUCUGGAAGUCUGUUCAAUCGAAGCUGACACUGCACGAGGCUCCUUGAUUCUCUCUGUUGGAAUUUCGACUUGUUAUAUUUAUGCUAGUUAUAAGAAAACCCCUGUUACGACAACUGAGGCUGAAGCUUGGGAAGCAGCAAAGAAAGCCUGUGGAGGUUUGCAUUUCCUUGCCAUUCAAGAGGACUUAGACUCAGAAGACUGUGUUGGAUUUUGGCUUUUACUAGACUUGCCACCUCCACCUGUAUAAUUCCAUCAAGAGUACAUGUUAUCACCAAUUACUUCAAAUGAUUUCUCCCUCGUCAGAUGUAUUUUUGUCUUUCAUUUCUACUAUUCCAAGGUUACUUCCUUCAGUCAAGCUUAAUAGUAGCUCUGUCUAUUGUUAAAGGCAGGGCGGGUAAAGCAGAGGCAAAAUGAAACUCUCCCCAGCGAGUGUUAGAUAUGAUUUG